AUGACGUUGCACAUCUACCAUUUGUUGCGCCUGGUCUUGAUUAUUGCUCGGGCCCUUCUUGCCAUCUGCUUCAGCCAAUGUGCGCCUUCUCAGCCAUCUCGUGCUCCAGUGCUCCAACAACACCUCUCGGCGACACGCCAUAUCGAUACUCGGCUUCCUACACCUGGCACUGCAGCUUUGAAGAUGAACACGAUCAUUUAUUCAUUGAUGCCAUGGAAAUACUUGUCCUACGCUACCACCUCAAUUCAUGCUGGUCGCCUGCCCUACUCUCGCUCUGCUUCAUAUAGUCCCUCAGCAGCACUUGUGCCAGUGCUACGAUUUGAGUCUCCGACAUGCCGCCUCCAAAACCUCAUAUCAAGACUUCUUGGCGUUCGUGCUCAUGCUAGGAAGCGUGGCGACCUCAGAGAGAAUGGAUGUACGUCCUACUACGGCGACCCACCCUUCCACAGGAUACACGUCUGCCUUCUUCAUUCUCCAGUACGAGCGCGUAUUCGAUCGGGAAUCCUCUGUCGCAUUUCAAGCCUGCCAACCUCACGCACAGCUUAUGAAAUCGACACCACGGACAUAGCCUUGCGCCUUGAUCCAGCAUCAAAUCCAUUGUCGCCUUUUCCGGCAUCUGCUCUGCCUUUGGCACGAAGCUGCGUCCUCGAGCCAUCAGAUCAUGCUUCUGGAACCGCUUCCGGUCUCCGGGUCCAAGAAGUGCGCGCACCCAACUUCGAGGAGAGGUCGAUUCUCGAGCUGUGUACGCAGCGAAGUUUGGACGCAAGUUCUGCACACGGCCUUGAGGUGAGAUUGACAGCCAAGAGGUACGAGCCCGUCGGCUGCGAAGGCCUUGCGCGCCUUACUCUCGCAGCAGUACUGGCAUUCCUUCUUCGCUCGGCCAGGCGUGAGAGACAAUUUCUUUUCCCUGUGGUUCCGCCCAUGCUGCAGCUCGCAGUUGGAUCUGAUCACGAUCAGCUUGAAGCUGCUGACUUGGCAUAG